GGUAAUAACAAAGAUGGCGGCGCUCGGCACAUCGCGGUGCUUGUUUCAGAGCUUUUCUCGGGUAAAAGAUGUGCAGAGGAUCAAGAAGACAUUUCAGAGGUGUGGUGUUAGAGCGCUCUGUGACAAAACGAAUGAAACUGAUAAUGGAAAGCCCCAUUUCACGGAUCAAACUGUGCAGGACAUCCUGACCAGGAUAACCGGCCUGGACCUGCAGAAGGUUUUCCGACCCGUUAAAGAAGAGCUGAAGCCGCCCACCUAUAAGCUAAUGACUGAUGAACAGCUACAGCAGGCGGUACAGGUUGCUACAGACGAAGCAAAGAAGCGGCUGCAGAUGCCCCCCGUCCUUCCAGAGAGGAAGCCCAUCGAGGACGUGCUCGCUGUGGAUAAGAUCCUGGAUGGCAUGGACACGGCUAAAUACGUUUUCACUGACAUCACCUACAACAUCCCUCACAGGGAGAGGUUCAUAGUUGUGCGAGAGCCUGAUGGCACUCUGAGGAAGGCGACCUGGGAGGAGAGAGAUCGUCUCAUUCAGGUUUACUUCCCCAGGCAGGGCCGCAAGCUAACACCGCAUCUCCUCUUCAAAGAAGAGAACCUCAAGACUGUUUUCUCCCAGGACCGCCAUGAGGAUGUGUUGGAUCUGUGUCUUGUCCAGUUUGAACCGGAUUCUUCAGACUACAUCAGAGUGCAUGAGGCUACAUAUGAGGACCUGGAAAGAAACAACAAAUACGAUCUUCUAAGAUCCACCAGGCACUUUGGAGGCAUGGUUUGGUACCUGGUCAACGCUCGUAGAGCAGACGGACUCAUGGUGGACAUGCUGAGGAGAGAGCUGCUGCAGGACGCCAUCAGCCUUGUGUCUCUGUUCCACAUGGUCCAUCCUCACAGCGAGUCGGCUCAGGAAGCAGCCGCCCAACGAGCUACCGGCACCGACCUCUUGAAGAUCUAUGCCCAGAAGGAGUCUCAGAGGUCGGGCUACAUCGAGCUGGCUCUGCAGGCGUAUGAAGAGAAAUCUGCUGAAGGCUCAUCUGCCUAAAAUCCCAGCAUCCAAACACCUGAACUUCUGAUUGGGAAAGAAUUUUACCAACAACCUGAACUGAACUUCAAACCCAAACAUCCAAUCUGGAGGCAGGAUUUUAGAACCUGGUUUCAUCUGUAAAGACUUUCAUUCCUGUUUGUUUGGGAUCUAAAUCACUGAACUGAAACAGAUGUAACGGCAAAAUAAAAUCUAUAUGUGAG